AUGUCAUUGUCUAUUCCGCCCCUGUCCCCAUCUUCGAAACGUCGAAGGCCUUUGCAUGAAAGAACUCCGUCUCAAAGCAACGAACGCCCACCCGCGUCAACGUUAAGACUCGUUAUGGAUAAAUCUUCCGAAGAUGAAGCUGACAUCUAUUCUACGGAUCCAUAUCCCACGAAACCGGAGCACAUUUUAUUGCCCACACCUAGCGACAACCAAUAUGGCGGACCCCUAACAUCGAACCCUGUUUCAGCUUCGUUCCAUAACGACUCAACCGAUACCUCCCCCUCGAGCGCGGAAUAUGCCAGUCGAAACUUCCCCGAGGAUCACGGUGGAAGUGUCUCGGAGCUUUCCACCCUGGUGCAGGAGGGAAACCUGUCGAGCUUUAUUUGGGGUGAAAGCCAAAACUCAAGCAACACUUCCAUACCACACCUGGCGACUCCCGUCAUCGAUGAGGCCGUCGAGGCCGGCGACGAAAAAUCUGAAAGCAGUGACCGAACUCGCCUUCCACCGCUGAACACGACGAUCAAGACCGUACCGCAGGACGACUCGACGCCAGAACAGUCUGACUCGGGCCUGACCAGCAGUUCGAGUCCGAUUGUGGUUCGUCUAGGCUUGACUUCGAGCCCAAACAUUAUCCCCCUGGAAAGCUCAUCUCCCAAUUUUAUGCCACUUGUGACCUCCUCGCCUUAUUACGUCAAGGAAAGCGCCUCAGAUUCUUCGUUAUAUUCCGCCAAUACAUUUGGGACAGCCAGACGGUAUGUCCGUCCACAACAGCAAAAUUCAGGUUUUUUGGAACGAGACAGCAACCAGUCACUAUCUUUUUCUUCGGACCCUCCUAGUGCUAUUCUAAGAACGCACCGAUCUACAUCGUCUUUUGCGCUCUCAAGAGGGGGAUCGACACAUACACGGACGGCUUCUGCAUCCACUCGGAGCGGACAGUCACCCUCGGAUAUCCAAACGAUCAUUGAUAGCGGCUUGCCUGUGAAGUAUCCAACCAUCCGAUCACCUCCGUCCGCCGGUUCGUUAGCGGAAGGAUCCUCGUCGAGACUACCCUCACAAUCAUCACAGUUAACGAGAUAUCAACCGGGUCGAAACCGUCUUUUGUCAAUUGUGCCCUCUGAAUGGUCGGCGGAAAGAGCAUUGAGCUCUGCCAGUGCCUCGCCCCAGGUUGACCAAACGGACUCUAGUACGGAAUCAUCGGGAGAUAAUGCAAUUAGGGGUCGCCCUUCCGACUUUUCAAUUCGGCUCGUGGCUCAAUCCGAAAGUGACGAAGGAGCCGACACCCUUUCCCAACUUCAGCCUUGCUUGCUGCGAACGAAGCGAUCUGGAUCUUUGAGUAAUCGUUCUAUGGUAUCAAGAUUUGACAGUUUUCGAUUGAUGAGCAGACCAGGUUCUAGCGCCAGCUCCAUCCUCAACACCAUCCCUACUUGGGCCAAAGUAUACUAUCGCAGCGGUGGCGCAGGGCUCCAGUUAUCAGCUCUGUCUCUAGUUGAGGGUAGCCGCCCUUCGACGGCUGCGAGUGCCCGCCCCGCCGCCCAUCUGGGUCCUCUAGAAAUAUCCCGCACACGAUCUCGACCGAGGAAGAACACCGACACUCGAUUAGCUUUGCCUACUGCUGAUACGAGGGAUCCCAGGACACAUUGGGCUGGUGGAUUCCAGCACAGCGAGAGGAACGUCCCAAAAACCCCUUCCCAAGAAGACCUUCCUGCGAAUUGGUCACCACAUCUAUUUCCAGAUCAUCGCACAGGCUCCGUUCGGAGGUCUCUUUGGAACCCACCUUCUUUGGACGAGAGCGCGGAGGGUAUAAUAGGCUGGCGCAACGUCCAAAUUUAUUUAUUUUGCUUAGGCUUCUUGGUGCCAUUAACGUGGUUCGUGGCUGCGUUCUUACCACUUCCUCCCAAAGUCUUUCCGUCAAACGAGGAAUUCACCACCGACCAGCCGGACGUCGAGCGAACGUUCAGCAACCGAGUCAAACACAUAGACCAAAUUCGCUACGAGAAUGCCCGAUGGUGGCGAAGGCUCAAUCGCUUUAUGACACCAGUAGGCCUUAUAAUCAUUGCUACAAUUGCUACCCUAUCUGUUUUGGGAACUAAAAACAUAAUUUGAGAACCACAAAAAAUAACAGAAAAAAAAGCUUCGUUUUCUUUUCGGUCCUCGACCGUACGACUUUACGCCUUUUAUGCUUUACAUAUUCGUUAUACAUGACCCUACGACCGAAUAAACAAUCCAAUCCGUUCCUGGGGCGCCGGAUUCGCAUCCACCCCCUUAUGAACUUACGACGGCGUCAUUGCUCGGUUAUUUAAUAGACCUUUUUCGUUUAUUCAGCGAUAUUUGACUUUUUUCUUUUUUUUUUGACUUUAAUGCUUCUGACGACCCUAUAAAAUGGUUCGGCUUUUUGUUGUAUGUUUUUGUGUAUCUGGGAGCUUUUAUUAUUACCACUUCCACAACUUCAAACUAUCGCUGUUAUAUACUUCCCAAAUGUUUACACCUCUCGCUGUACAAAGUAUAUUUUACAACACUUGCCUGUCUGGUGUCUGGAAGUAUUAUUCCUUAUCUUUUUUUUCCCCUUGCUGCCUCGGCGGCUAACUACCUUUGGUUAUUGGGUUAUUGAGAGUAUAAAUUCCCCCCUUUUCGGCUUGGAAUUUAUGUGGGACAUUAUGGAUGGCCUUUAAUUGGUAUUGAGUGGGAGGGUUUGUUUUUAGGAGGGUUGUCAAAUAUUAACUUCAUAUUUGAAUGGAGGACAUUACUAUUUGGCUCGCAGUCUUCUUUUCUUUUCUUGUUUUUGUUUUUAACUAUGCUGAGAGGCACUUUGGGCCUUUCUUUGGAGUACGGAGUAUGUAGAAAAAGAAUUCUUUGGCUCGAGCAGCACGGUACACACAACAAUAUAUUCUGCAGUUUGGAUUGAUUAUCAUGUCGCUUUCAAUGACGAGGUACGGCGUAUAGGCUGUGCGUCUAUUCUGCUGUCUGUGUAACAUACUCUCGACCGAGUCACUCCAUUUCUGCAGCUCGAUCCUUUACCGAGUAUAUAUGCAAACCACCGUCGAACUAACGAAUCAGGCGCGCCAAUGCACGCACGCAUGCUUUCCAACGCUCACGACAGGAUCACCUCUUCUUCCUCCCCAACCUCUCCUCAAUCAACACCUUCAACUCAUGGCCCGACGGCAUGCUCACCACACUCCCCCUUCUCCUCUUCGCCUCAAUCUCGCUCCGAAUCUCACUCACCGCCUCAUCGAACUCCCGCUCCGGGUCAUCCGGCAAUCCCAGCGUCGGCGGCUGGGCGGGUUCUUUCUUCUCGUCCCUUCUUCCAGCGGCUAGGCCCUUAUUCCUGGCGUCGAGCUUCUUGACGAGGAAUUUCUUGCCAGGACUGGCGAAGAACGCGAGCGAGGAUGCGAUGCCGAUGAUGCCGUAGAAGUAGACGUGUUUCCAGGCCGUGAUGCAGUCGGUGAAUUGCAGGAUGAUGAAAGGGGCGGCGGCGAAGGAGAGCGCCAGCUGGGUGGUUAGCCAGCCUAGGAUGUCGUAGUAACGCUUGAGCGGAGUAGGCUUGGAACCAUCUGUUGUGAGGAAGAAAGGACGGAGGUGGCGGCGGAAAU